AUGUAUAAUAUGAAAAAGCUUAUUCUGUUUGCUAUUUUUUGGGCUGCUUUUGGCCGUUUUGAGGUCAAUAAACUUUUUAGUGAUGAUUCUGGGGAGCUUUAUUCAAUACAAGCAAUUUCUGACCGAGAAAAGCCCUUCAUGGAAGCUAUUGAAGGAUGCAGCAUGAAAUGUGGAGAAAUUUGCAGCAGAUUUACAUCAGGCUCAGCUCUAAUUGAGUGCAUGAAUCUGUGUGGAUGCAAAGCUCUUGUCCGAAAAGUUGAGAAAUCUCAAAAUGAUAAUAUAUAUGAUAAUGAAUAUCAAAAUAGGAGAUUAUUUUAA